AUGCGCUAUCUACGUAUAUCCCGCGCUCUUCCGUCAAAAGUGUUGGCCAACCCUAGCGCUGGCUUUUCUUUCGCGCCGCUUGUUGCCUCCGUCCAAUCAUCCGCCCCGCUUGUCGCUCCUCUCCCCUACCGGUUUGAGACCAGUGACCUGCCAGCCAGUCAGUCUCAAGAUGUCCCGCUGUCCACACCAUCAGUGAGCUGGGAUCCAGGAACACGACCAAGAUCUCAUCCACACACCGUGCCACCACCCACACGGAGUAAAGGCUGUGCUAAAUCGAGACGGGCGUGA